GAUAUUCAAGUGACACUAAGGGAAGAGAUCAAAAGCGCCUGCGAGUACCGUCCCUUUGAGAAAUGCGACUACAACGCAAGGAUAGCUAAUGAAAUCUGCUUCCAGAAGCUUGAAUAUGUCCUCUCCCAGCUUCAUGAUCUUAAAAACACCGUUGACCGCUCAAGAGACGCGUUUGAUUGGUGAAGGCAAUCUCUUGCUAUAUGGAGAAACUUGAAAACUAGGGUUUUACAAGUUGGUGAUGAGAAGAAGAGGAACAAAGAUCUAAGUCUAAGAAGAGAGAGAGAGAUAGAGAGAGAGAAUCAGGAUUUAUCCUGAAUUUUUUCCGUUUCGAGUCGGGUCACAUCACAUGGGAUCUAAGAGGAUGAGGCUACAAACGUCGCCCAUGUCUGAAAUGGACGAUACGGAUGAAAUGCACGAGGCGUUGUUCGCAAAGAGAGGCUGCUGUUUCCUUGUGCCCUGCCUUGCCUCAUCCCAGCCGUCCUCUCGUGGCAGAUCUGUGUGGUGGCGACGGAUCAGGACAACAGGCGACAAGCUCGAGCCUGGGGAGCGGUGGUGGAUUAGAGGGUGGAGGAAGACGAGGCAGUGGUCGGAGCUCGUAGCUGGCCCUAGAUGGAAGACAUUUAUACGCAGAUUCGGACGUAACCACUGCUGCGGCGGAUGUGCUGGAAACAGUGAUUGCGUAGCAAUCAGUCCAAACCGGUCAGAACAGGGUAAAUUCCGGUACGAUCCGUUGAGCUACUCUUUAAAUUUCGACGAUGGAAAGCAAACGGGACACUUUGAAGACGAGUUUCCAUACCAGUAUUACUCGAAGAGAUUCGCUGCGCCUUCGUUGCCGGUCUCCACUAAGUGUCCCAUGGAUUUCGAUAGCGACAGAGAGGCACAGUCGCUUCAUAAGUGAAAAAUCACGGGGCUGCGUUGUGUGUGUGGAAUAAAAGUUAGAUUUGUUAGCGUUUCUUUUCUUAAAAGUUAAAAAUAUUGUUUCUGUAGUAGUUCAUGUGCAAUGCCUUUUUCCUCUAAACAAAAACAAAAAAGGACAACUCGUCAGUUGUAGAA